GAGUUUGUUAGCUAGUUGUCGUGGAAACUAGCUAAAUGGAGGGAUUUUGAAGCUAGCUAAGGACAGAGUCGGUGUCGAGAAGGAGUCUAUAUCGACUGCUUAAAUCUUUGCACAAAUUAGCCAGUUUGCCAACUAGUUAGACCUAGCGAGAGUUAUCUGUAGCAAUACCUUGGCUUCAAACUGCAAAGUUAUCAUUGAGUCGCUAACUAACGUAGAUAGUACUCUGGCUGUGUGCGCGGGGAAGGGCCCUGGAGAGCUGGAAAAGUAUCAUCGACAACAUCAUGACCCAACAAGGAGCAGCGCUACAAACCUACAACAAUGAGCUUGUCAAGUGUAUCGAGGAGCUGUGCUCUAAGAGGGAUGAGUUGAACCGUCAGAUACAGCUGGAGGAGGAGGAGAAGGGUCGUCUACAACACGACAUUCGUGUCCUCACUGAGAAGCUAAGCCGCGUCAAUGAGAGCUUGGCCAGACGACUCACCGCCCGCGCUGACUUUGACCGCACAAUCGCUGAGACUGAGGCUGCCUAUAUGAAGAUUCUGGAGAGCUCUCAGACACUGCUGAGUGUACUAAAGAAGGAAGCGGGAAAUCUCGGCAAAGCCACUGAACCCAGAGGGAAAGACCACUGACGUCCAGACUACCUUCCCUCUCACCCGGAUACCAGCACUUCCCCUCACCAUCUUAUCUAGAACUGUUUGUAAUAUAUUUAUGUAAAAAUGUUUUGAAUAUCUAACUCUGAUCUUUACUGGUGUACUUAUUUUAUAUCAAUUGCAUUAUUUUAAUAAAGUUUGAAGAUUCUCUUCGC